AUGGUUUGUCCGAAAGUCGUUUUCACUGUUCUCUUGGGUGCGCUUUGGCAGGUCUUUGGGGAAUUCGUACUGCCGGAGCACUGCUACCGAUUUGCACGGGGACCCUCGAGAGCACUUCGAAACUCUGCCAACAACGAUGACGGGUUUGAGAUUAGCGUUAGAAGAUCUUAUGAUGGAGCCAGAGUUGGCGCAUGGUUUGAGCCGGAGAAGGAAUAUCUGGUAACUCUGAAGAAUGAGUUGCCUCUGGUAACCUUUGAUGACUUUCUAUUUUGGCUAACACCUACUGAACCACCGAUGAUGGACCCUUCGGACGGAAAAUAUACUACAAGAGACUGCACUAUGUCACCAGGCAAGUGUGUGGGAUCAUGGGUACACACACUCAACCGAAUGGGAUCUCGACUGCCUUGGCAAAAUCGACGUCGUAAUCGCCACGCCGGUCAAGUACUCACUCGCAACCGACCUGGAUGCCGCGGCCUCGUGGUGGAGGGUUUACACAGCUUCAGUGGCAGGUAUCCGCCACUCAUUAGACAGAUGGGCCGGAUUGUGCUCCUUUGGCGUAGUCCAAAUGCCAGCCGCCACAACUGCGUUACACUUCAUGCCAUGGUGCGUACACGCACAUCAGUUCUGAAGGAAGUUGGUGGUUUGAUGAAGACACUUUGCCCCACUGAAAUGCGUCCGAUGGAGCCAGUGAUCUCGAGAAUACGUGAAAGUCUUGACGUUGACCGAAAUGAUCCUACAGUUUACCUCCAACCACCCUACGCAAAUCCUAUGCAAACGACACUUCGAGACAGCGUUCAACCAAAGGAUUGUUGUUCAUGCGGUACCGCCACCUACAGACUGACUUUCCAAGGUCUCUGGAACCGAUCGACUCACCCUCAAGACUGGCCCACCAAAAAUCCAAAUCUCCUUCACUGGACGAACCUCAUCGGCGCCAGUCAUGCACCCAGCUUCCAGAUUUAUGCCAUCGGACAAACGGCUAGUGCAGGAGUCCAGUCUGUCUGUGCAUAUGGAGACACUACGGUGCUCCGUGAAGCCCUCUCCUUGGCUGCUGCAAAGGCUGAAGGAGCUGCGGGAGUUCCAACUGGUAGUCAAUCGGCUACAACCGACAUCAGCCCCCUUCGAGCACUUAUUUUCACCCCUGGUAUGUGGGGUGAGGAGACGCUGAUGGAGCGGCGUACAACGCUUUUCUCAGUAAACCGAACCCAUCCACUCUUUUCGAUGCUUACAAUGCUGGGUCCGAGUCCUGACUGGUGUACGGGCAUUUCCGGCCAGUCAUUAUGCAAGGCGGACUGUACGUGGGUGAGGAAUAUGACAUUAUAUUUGCACCCCUGGGAUGCAGGAAUUAGAGAAGGAAAUACGUAUAUGCCAAAGGAAUCGGAUAGGAAAGAGAUUCCAGACCCAAUUCGCUACAUCGACGAGAGCUGGAUGCCUGGAAAUCCAUUUAGGAAAAAGAAACCAAUUGCGCUAGUAAAACUUGAGAGGGUUCUUCCAAAACACGACUGGGAGUGUACCAACAAGGAUGCUGAUGGAGUGCAGCUCUUUUUGAUGGGUGGAGGCAUUCGUGUGACGGGAAAGAAGCCGAGUGACGGCAUGGAUCCUGGAAAAAGAAAAGACCAAAUGCACAGUGCAUCAGCAACUCAACAGAUUGUAACAGGCAAGGGGCGUGGUAAAAGUUCCAAGUCCGUUGGUUUCGGUGGUCCUGGUGCAAGCGGAACCCUUGGCACCAACAAUCCCCUCUCGGACCCCAGUCUUGCACAAAUGGCCACUUUCCUCUGCAUCACGAGUGAAUGGUCGGGCUGGUCUGCAUGUUCAGUGACCUGUGGUGUUGGUACCAAAACGCGAACCCGUCAGCUUAUUGCGAACAAGAAACCCGAGCUCUGUCAGCAUGUUCCACUGGUGAUGGAAGAGUCUUGUGAGGGUCGAAAGCGAACAUGCGACUACAGUGCGCCGUGCAGUUUUCUGCCAUGGACCCUAUGGUCUCCCUGCAGCGCUACUUGUGAACACCAAGUUGGUACGAGGAGCAGAACGCGGGCGUUGGCGAGACCUGAAGAGGCUGAACAGUGCAAACACCUGUGGGCUGGGAAGGAGGGAGGCAUGGAGAGCGUUAUGAAGGAGGUAGAAGAGUGCCGUAUACCACCGGAGGCUUGCGAACCAGCAACAAUCUGCGGUGAAGGUCCCAAACAAGGCUAUCCCUGUGGUCAAAAGCGGAGGCGAUUCUAUUACAGUGCCAUCGACCACGAAUGUCUCGAGUUUGAGUACCUCGGUUGCAAAGGCGGACGCAACAUGUUUGAAACAAAAGAAAAAUGUGAGAAACUGUGCAUUCCAGCAGUGGAAGCUCUUCCAGCCUGGCGUCGCGAACGAAUGGGUCUCCUCCAAUUCAAAACAUCCCAACUGGCCGCGACAUCGGGUGAUUCUAAAGAGGAGGAAUUGAAACAGGAUCCAGCUUGUCAUUACGAAGUCAACACGGGCUAUGAAUGCGAUCCACCAAAACAAUUAGGAAACUACUGGUACUACUGCUCCCGCACAAAUCGCUGCCGCGAUUUCUUCUACCUCGGUUGCGGUGGAACACCCAAUCGCUGGGCCAACCACACGGCCUGCAUGGCCGCCUGCAUGCCAAACGAGUUGCGUCAAUUACAGUUGCUGGCCAAAGUGAGAGUAGCAACUGGAUCGCGUAGAUCGGACAAAGAUAGAGGAGACGGCAAAUACGGAGAAGCAGAGGCGCCAGACGGACUAAAGGUGGAAGUGAGCCCUAAACAGGACUGCCGUGUGACCAGCUGGGGCGGGUGGGGCCCGUGUUCUGCAAAAUGCGCCAGUCAUAGCGGGCAUCAGUUGCGUCUGAGAGCUAUCACAAGACCUGCUCGAUAUGGCGGCACUGCCUGUGGACCGCUCUACGAGAAGCGGGAAUGCCACGGAGACGAUGACUCAUGUUAA